ACAUACGGUUUUAGCAGCUUUCUGGUACAAUUUUCCUUAUUUCAUGCUAAAUAGUAAAUUUUCGUUUGAGCAACCAACUUUCACUGUUUAUCCUGAUUGCAGUGCGUUAUUUGCGUUAUUGCGGUGUGUUAUGGCGCGUUUCAUCCGAAUUGAAAUUUAGGCUGCUAAACUUCAUUGCAAAUAAGCGCAGUUAGAAAAUAAUUAGUGGAAACGAGGAAAAGCCGAUUAUUAAAUGCAUUAACUCUCUAAAAAAGACGCAAUUCUAUUCCGAGGCUUUAUGGAUUUGUGGGUUUUAAUGGCAACAGGUUUUCAUCCGUGGGAUCUGGCUAUACGUGAUUUCACUAGCAAUUUAGCAUUAUUUUUAUAGCUCGAUUUUAUUCUAUGAUGAUAUUGAAGACUUACAGCACUUCAUGCAAGCACGUUUUGGUUCCAUUGAUGUUGCGAAUUUCCGAAACAAAUCGAGGUUGUUAUUUGACUAGCUGGGUAGCCACCGAUUUCCAUCCAAAAAGAGAACGUUCUUGCUUGAUAUGUGAGUCACAUAGGAAGCCGAAUGCUGAUUUUGUACGUCAACAGUGCCGAAUAAAUUAUUUUUAAUAAUAAAGUAUUUGCAUUGUGUUUGUAACAAGAAAGUGAGUGCUGUGUGUCUAACAGCAGAACCGCAGCACUUUUUAAGAAAGUGUCUUAUUUGCGGCUUGAGAAUGGCCGCCUCCUCAGCUAUUCUCGUCGAAAACGUUGUGAAGACUUAUGGGUCCAAGGUGAUUCUUGACGAAUUAUCCAUCAAUGUGGAACGAGGCACGAUAUAUGGACUUCUGGGUGCCAGCGGAUGUGGAAAGACAACAUUGCUCAGCUGCAUUGUGGGCCGCAAAAGUACCAACUCGGGAGAAAUAUGGGUGCUUGGAGGCCGACCUGGAGAAAAGGGAAGCGGAGUCCCUGGCCCGAAAAUCGGAUAUAUGCCACAAGAGCUGGCUCUAGUAGAGGAGUUUACCGUAAAAGACGCCAUCUACUACUUCGGAACCAUCUACAAGAUGGAAGCCAAAGACAUAAAAGAGCGAUUCGAGUACCUGAGCAAGCUGCUGGAGCUUCCCGAUGGGAGCAAGUUUUUGAAGCACUGCAGCGGAGGCCAAAAGCGACGAGUCUCAUUUGCUGCCGCUUUAGUCCAUAGUCCAGAACUGCUCAUUUUAGACGAACCCACUGUGGGAGUCGACCCGAUUUUGAGGGAAAAGAUAUGGGACCAUCUGAAGGACACAGUCAAUACAAAGAGAACCACUGUGAUCAUUACAACUCACUAUAUCGAGGAAGCUAAAGAAGCGAACACCGUGGGUUUUAUGCGAAAAGGAAAAAUCAUGAUCCAAGAAACCCCGAACAAGUUGCUGGCAACCUUCCAAACCAACACCUUGGAAGAGGCGUUUUUCAUUUUGAGCCAGAAGCAGAACGAUCAACUGAAUAACACGAAAGCCAUCGGUGGAACUGACCAAGGCUCGACUUCCACCUCAGUUGAAAGCUUUCCAGCAAACUACGGAUCGAAAGACGCAUUGGGAAUCAGUUCAGCCAAGGAACGCCGAAGCAAGAAGGAGCAAUCCGUCUACAUGUCCGGGACCGCGAUAGACCCGAAACGAAUGAAAGCACUUCUAAGCAAAAAUUGGACGCAGUUUUAUCGAAACAUUGGGGGUGUUCUCUUUCUUCUGACGUUUCCGCUGCUUCAAAUGUGGUUCUUCGCCAAUUCGGUGGGCACGGAUCCAAAACACUUAAAACUGGGCAUUGUUAAUAACGAAAGCAUGACCACUCUUUGUGCGGAUUUUGACUGGAACAGCACGGCGAUACAAACGGAAGACUACGAGUGCCACUUUAGAAACUUAACGUGCAGAUUUUUGACUUACCUGGAACAUCCUAUGAUUAGUAAAGUGCUGUACAAGUCGUAUCCUGAAGCAGUCGAAGGCAUUAAGCAUGGGCAAAUUGUGGGCUUUCUCUACAUACCCACCAAUUUUUCGCAGUCGUUUGAAGAAAGGACGCGUUUAGGGCUGAACUCUCCAGAGUGGAUUGUGCAUUAUGGCGAAAUACGCGGCUACAUGGAUAUGAGCAAUCGCUUCACAGGGGCAGCCUUGGCUAUUAAGCUCUACAGAUUGUUCAUCGAGUUCCAGGAUAAAUUGUUGUCGGACUGCAAGCUGCCGCAGAAGUUUGCCCAUAUUCCGAUCGACGAAAACUUCUUCUUUGGCAACGAUCAUACUCCGUACACUACGUUUGUUACGCCUGGAAUCGCACUCUUACUGGUGUUCCUGUUGGGAUCCACCAUGACGUCCCAGAUAAUCGUCAAAGAGAAAAUCGAUGGGGUUUGGGAUCGAUCCAUAGUGGCUGGAGUGUCUUCGCUGGAAAUCACCCUCUCCCAUCUCUCCCUCCAAUUCAUAAUUAUGCUGGUUGAGUGUGCGGAAGUUCUGCUGAUGAUCUGGCUGAUGUCCACUUACCCAAUCCAGGGCAGUUGGAUUCUCUUUUUCUUCAUUCUUUACUUGGAGGGCGUCUGUGGGAUGACUUAUGGAUUUUUUGUGUCGACCUUCUGCCAAAAGCUGGGGGAAGCGAAUAUUUUUUGCACCGGCGGAUACCUCCCACUCACCAUAAUAUGCGGCAUAAUAUGGCCCAUAGAAGCCAUGCCUACCAUCCUCAGAUGGUUGUCUUUGGCCAGCCCCUGCACAAUGCCCAUAUUAUCGUUGCGGAACGUAAUGAUGAAGGGCUGGAACUUGUGGAACAUCCAAGUGAUCAACGGGAUCGGCGUGCUCUUAGCCUGGAUAGUGUUAUUUGGCAUUGCCAGCGUUUGGUGCAUAAAAAUAAGGCGAUAGUGAUGGAUUUCUAUUAAGAUCAGAACUAGCAGUUAUUGUUUCUUCUGGUAUUCUGAUGUGGGUGGGAGUUGAUUGGGAAUAGUGGAGGAUUUUUUGGAUCGGUCUUGAGUCUUAUUGUUUAAAGGGAGAUUUGGAAAAAUUAAUUUCCCUCUUCAGUGGGAUUCCAGGAGCAGAAAUUCACGAUAUUCUUGAUUGUUGGAAGCGCGCAGUUUUUUGCCCGGGGGAGAACGGCAGGUUUAACAAAGGUUAAGCCCAGAAGCGAGACAACAGCCUUUAAAAAUUCGGUUCACAAAUCCACUUUUUUUUAAAUAAAAUCAACAAAAUCCUCCUUCAAUUCCGCUUUCACUUUCACAAUGCGUAAUACUGAUGAAGGAUAAAUAGUUUAACAUUGUUUUAAUGUUUUGCUCUCAAUUCCCAAUUUAGAACAACUUUUUUGCUCUUAUUAAGGUCUCAAAUGUAAGUAAAUCUGUUGGUGUAUGUUAAAUUAAAACUAAAGCUUCGUUUGGCUUUAACUAUA